AUGGAUCAUGUCCUGCCCGCCCUGCUCAAACGUCUACCAAUUCUGCAGUCUUUCAGUUACGUUGGACCUCUGUCAGCCAAAGUUCUAGCGGCCAUUGUCCAGGUCGAUAGCUUGAGGGUAUUACAGGUCAGAAAUGGCGACGACGUCCUCAAGGGCCCUGCGACUCCUACUCCAAUCGUCAUCAUACCCUGGACAGAUAUUACCCUUGAUUGGAGUGCGUUAGCCAGUUUGAAAGGUCUGCAAGCGCUUGAGAUAGGACGUUUGAUACGCCGAGAGGCUCGUGGGCUGGCGAAAGGGGUCGCUUCUUUGAACCUUCGAAGGCUUCGUCUCUCAUUUUGGGGUUGGGAGUACGCAAAUAUAAAUUCAAGCAUAACCAUGCGUUCUACCGCUCAUACGUCUGCUUUGGUCAUGUUCCUUGAUACUCUCACGACGCUUGAUCUUGGUGGCGGCCAAAUAUGUCGUGGUCUUCCUUCGACCUUGGAACACUUAGUGCUGAUAGACAAGUACCGCACGUGGAUACCAUAUUUACACCAGUUUAUUGCGACAGCUAUCUUGCCUUGCGAGAACCUGGAAAUUCCGAGUACCACAAUCAACGUCAGUGGGAGAUGCCACGACACCCUGACUAAGAUGGGUCUACCGGCGUUCCACAAGAUCGUUGGAGUCAGUUCAUGGCAGCAACUGUCUUAUGAUGAAGAGAUGGAAAUACCGUCGGGCGAAGUGCUGCAGACCAACCCCUAUCCCAAACCACUCCGCAAUAUCGUCAAAACUCUGGACCGAGUGAUCGCAGCUGCAGAAGGACCCGGAAACUAUCGAAUGAGUAUGGAAUCCGUCAGGGAGCGCCAGUUUCGGAGCGACGCGAUCAUCGUCCGGCCCUGCGAGGAAGAGCACGGUCCUUCCGCAGCGGAGCGAGGGCCCCAUGCCCAGGAUGCAAGCGUGAUGGAUCUCGCAGCAGAUUUCGCAGCACUGUCCCUUGACGAAACAUGGUGGGCGCAUGUGCUACGGUCCUGGGGCAUAUGGCUCGAGUGGUGA